AUGCUCGCGGCGGCCGGACCGGCUCGGCGGAGGGGCGGGCGGGCGGGGACGCGGGGCAGCGCCGGCGGGGGGGGCCGGGGGCCCGGUGGCGGCGGCGGCGAACGGGGGCCGCGCGGGCGGGCGUGUCUCGGCCCCGCCGCCCGCUCGUGUGUACAGUACGUGUGUCUGGGCGGCCGUCCGCGGGCGAGUGUGCGGCGGGGGCCGCGGGGGCCGGCUCUGUUGAGAGAUUGCAGAAGCCGCUCGGCGCCCGCGCGAUUGGUCCCCGCGGGGUCAUGUGCCCGCCCCUCUGACGUCAAUGGCGGCAACGGCGGCUGCCGCCGCGGCUUCGGCCUCUCGCAGGCGGAGUCCGUCGCCGGGCGGGGACGCGAGGGGCCGAGGCGCGGCUCGACGGGAGGGGGCGGCCCCCGGGGAGGGGGCUGGGGCGGGCGAGCCCUGGCAGGCCCGGGCCCGCCCCGCCCGGAACCUGGGGAGUGGGCGGGGGCCUCGGGGGAGGGGCGCGUGACGUCACGCCGAGCCGCGCCCCCGCCGGUGCCCAGGCCGGUGUUGAGCCGCGCGGCCCGCCUGCCCGACGGUUCUGAGAACGCGCCGCGGCCCCCGCAGCCCACCCUUACCCCCGCGGCCAGCCGGGAUCCGAAAUGUCAGCGCCCCGAAACCUGUCCACGCGGAUGGCGGAGGCCGGGACCCGGUCAUUCAUCUCUGCAUCCCCAGGUCCUGCGCAGAGCUGUGAGAGAAUCAUACUGGAAGCCCCUUUGGGGAAUGAGCUAUGGUGUCACUCGGGAACGCCAGCUGUGCAACAAAAAAACGUUCCCUUUCUGCCAUCAGGAGUGGCACCAAAAGCCACGCAGCAAGUGCUCUGCUCUGAGCCUGCUGGCAAAUUCUGUUCUUGAAGUUCUGAACAUCAACGGCCUUGAGAAAACCAUCAAGCAAGGAGGAGACAGGCAAGCCAGAGACCCCACCCGGUGACACAGACGUGGAUGCCGUAGGUGGGGAUGGCAGGUGGUUGUGACCAAGACGCCCAGGCCACGCCGCCAAGGGAGUUAGGUCUGUUGUCCGAACCUUGAUUGAGCUCCUGCUGUUUGCCGGUUGCAGGAGUAAUUCCCCGCGUCCUAAGCAUGCACGCAACUUUUCCUUCUCACUGCAACCCAUGACACAGGGUUGACCCAUCAGCAUCCCCUCCUGCAGGUGAGGAUGCAGGGAGACUGCCAGGCUCACUUGGCUAGCCAGGACUGGGCCCUGGUGCGGAGCUCAGGGUCUAAGACCAUGUAAAGACAAUGACCGCACUGUGCUUGGGGCUACAGGGAGGGGGAGGGGCGUAUCUAACCCAGCCGGGCUGUGGCACUGGGGACACGUCCUGACUCCAAGAGGUCUUUAGGAAUCAGGUAAAGAAGGGGAAAGGUGCUCCUGGAAGGGGGGACGGCACAUACAAAGGCAAAGAGGUGGGAAGACCCUCAGCCUAUGCAGGAAACUCCAGACUUUUUUUUGUUGUUUUUUAUUUAUUUUUGGCGGCGUUGGGUCUUCGUUGCUGCACGCGGGCUUUCUCUAGUUGCAGCG